AAUAAGCGAGUUAAAAGUAAAAGUCGCCAUCUUGUACACAACUUGGACCGCAGCUGCAAGUUUGUCUUUUUUUUUUUUCGUCUUUUUUUUUUCCUGUGUGUGUGUGUGAAGAGAAGAAAAGUGAGAUGACCCUGUCUGGAGGCAGCGAGAGAGCCAGCGACAUGUCCGGCCAAACGGUGCUCACCGCCGAGGACGCGGACAUCGACGUGGUGGGCGAGGGGGACGAUGACGAGUGCAUGGAGCGGGACAGCAGCGAAGACGAGGCGGACAAGGAGGAGGUGACGUCCGGCGGCGGCGACGCGGCGGCGGCGAGUCCCGGCUGCGACGAGAGCUCCGGGGAGGGUAAAGGUGAGGCUCAUCAGGCCGGCGGCUCGCUCCAGAAGCCCAAAAACAGCCUGGUGAAGCCGCCUUACUCCUACAUCGCCCUCAUCACCAUGGCCAUCCUCCAGAGCCCCCAGAAGAAGCUCACCCUCAGCGGCAUCUGCGAGUUCAUCAGCAACCGCUUCCCGUACUACCGGGAGAAGUUCCCGGCGUGGCAGAACUCCAUCCGCCACAACUUGUCCCUCAACGACUGCUUCGUGAAGAUCCCCAGGGAGCCCGGUAACCCCGGGAAGGGCAACUACUGGACCCUGGACCCGGCUUCGGAGGACAUGUUCGACAACGGCAGCUUCCUCCGUAGGAGGAAACGCUUCAAGCGGGUUCAACCGGACAUCCUGCGGGACCAAACCGCGCUCAUGAUGCAAAGUUUCGGCGCGUACAGCCUCGGGGGUCCGUACGGGAGGCACUACGGCAUCCACCCGGCGGCGUAUUCCCAUCACCCGGCGGCGUUGCAGUACCCGUACAUCCCCCCGGUUGGACCCAUGCUGCCCCCGGGGGUUCCGCUCCUGCCCUCGGUGGAGUUGAACCGGAAAGCGUUCAACUCGCAGCUCAGUCCGGGUCUGCAGUUGCAGCUCAACAGUCUGAGCACGGCGUCCAUGAUCAAGUCCGAGCCGUCCAACAGACCUUCGUUCAGCAUAGAGAACAUUAUCGGCGUCUCCAGCGCGGCGUCCUCGGCUCAGGCCUUCCUGCGGCCUCCAGUGACGGUUCAGUCGGCCUUGCUGAGCGCGCAGUCCCUCUCUCUGACCCGGACCUCCGCUGCCAUCGCCCCGAUCCUCAGUGUUCCUUCCAGUAUUCUUUCCGGACACGUUUUACCCUCAGCGUCCAAAUGGCCCUCACAAUAACUUAAAAAAAACAAAACAAAAAAAAACUAUUUUUAUAUUGAGACAUUAAUACAAAGGGGAAAACGUGCAGUGAACCCAAGUAGGCAGCACUGGACUUUAUGAAGAUAUGUAACAUGAAAAAGGAAAUAUUUCUGUACAGGUAAUAUUUGUAAAUAUUUGUUUUUUUUAAACUUCUUUCAUUCUAUUCGUUAUGUCAUUAGUUUACAUUUUUUUGUAUGGAAGCAGGAAUGUGGAUAUUUUGUUUUGAUUUUUUUUAUUUUGUAUACGAGACACAAAAAGCUCUGAAAUAAUCUGUUUAUUAUAAAAUAAAAUAUCAAGUAUAUGUAAUUCUACGUAGCUAU